AUACUUAUCAGCAGUAUGAAUCAUAAAAUUUGGCCGUAACGUUUUCCUGAUUUAUUUACUUAUUAAAUAAAGUGUUGAAUUUUACAAAUCGCCGUUUUUUUUUAUCAAAGAAAUAUCAGCAAGUAUUAUUUUAGUUUUGUGUAAAAUAACCACUAAUAAAAUGGAAAUAGCAGGCUAUUCUAAGGUCAAAAAGUACAAGGUGGUAUUCAAAUGGGAAAUUGAGUGUUUGCCAUCAUUUAUCGUCUCUGCUGACUAUGAUAAGACGGAUAAGAAUUUGGAGUCCCCGAGAUUUUCUUCAGGCGCCAGGUUUAACGACUCCUGGUUUUUGGAAUUGAAAGUUGACUCCAGCAAGCAAUCAAAAACUAAAGGAUGGAUUUCAUUGGGCUUAACCUUGGCCGACAGCGAAAUCGCAGAAACAACUGUCGAAUAUUUAGUGUAUAUACUGAAUAAAGACAAUGAAAAGUGUGCAGUUCAAGAGCCAUCCAGCAGAAAUUUCCGACAUCUAGAAGAAUGUGGCUAUAGUCAAUUUGUAAAAAUUAAUGAAUUAUUGGAAAACAAAGAAAAUUACUUCUCCAAUGAUAUCUUGACUGUCUGUAUCGAGCUUUCAGUUCAUGAUAAUUAUGUAUCAGUUAUCAAUGAACUUCCGUCGAAAACUUCAAAACGCCAGAUCGUUGAUGACUUGAAGAUUCUUUUUGACAGUAAAGUCGGUAGUGAUAUUACUUUAGUUGUGGGCAAUAAAAAAAUUCCAGCUCAUAAAGCGUUUCUGAUGGUGCGAAGUCCAGUCUUUCACGCGAUGUUCACUCACCAGAUGCAAGAGAAGAAAGAAAAUAAAAUUAAAAUUACUGAUACCGAUCCAGAAAUACUGGAAAAAAUGUUAGAAUUUAUUUACACAGACCAAGUCUCAGACAUUGAUGAUUAUGCAGAAGAUCUUUUUGAAGCAGCUGAUAUGUAUCAGCUUCAGACACUUAAAAUUUUAUGUGAAAAAUCUUUAUGCAAAUCAAUAACUGUUAAUAAUGCGAUCCGGUAUCUGGAAAUCGCUGAUCGUCAAAGCGCUUCUCAAUUUUAUGAGUAUGUUCUUCGUUUCAUCGCCAUCAAUGCUCAGAAAGUAAUAAAAACUGAGGACUUCAAGACGUUAGAAGGAGAAAAUUCACCUUUGUUAUCAAUUAUUUUGAGCAAAGUAUGCAGCAUCUAAAUUAAGGUCCAGGAGAUAUUGGAAAAUAUAGAACUGAAUAUUUUAAAAAAAUUGCUCAAGCGAUAUUUAAUUUUAAAACCUUAUGUUAUUGUGUUGUUAUAGAAAUUUUCACAACUUUUUCAAAGUUUUAAUAAUUAUAUGCAUAUUCUUAAUAGUUUUCUAGAUCAUGUACAUUUGUUUAUAGAAAUAAUGUUGCUUAUUAAUAUCUACUCUGUCUUUAACGACAU